AUGGAGCGCCUGCCUCAUGCUAAAGCAGCACCAGAGUCUCACAACACAAAUUGUGCAGGAGGAACGAUUCUAGGCUUCGCAAUAUGGAUUAGAUUUAAUGAAGAUUUCUUCAAGCAAAUACCAGAGGAGGCUGGCAUAGGAGUUUACGACGGAACCUAUAUAGUCAUGGCCGCUGGGGGUGCUAUAAUGGUUGUUGGAUUUUUCGGGUGCUGUGGUGCUAUAAGAGAGAGUGUAUGUCAGCUAUCUACGUAUUUCGUCAUAGUGUUCAUCAUAUUCUGCGCGGAAAUAGCAGCCGGGGUAUGGAUGUAUAUAGAGAAGGAUAAGAUAGGGGAUUCGGUCGGGGAGUACUUUGACAAACUAGUGCAAGAGAAAUACAGCGGGGAUGUUUCCGUGCAAAUACUGGUGGACUACACGCAAAAGAGGUUUCGUUGCUGUGGAGCCAGCGGUCCUGAUGACUGGGCGUUAUCAAACCAACCUAUUCCAGAUUCUUGCGGGAGGAAUUGUACCGAAGGAUGUUACGACACGGUCAAUGAGGAUAUGGCUUUUGAGAAAAACAACUUCAAUGGAAGGCGAACGUCGAUGGUGGCGUUAUUAUUUUUCAUCCUCGUUGUAUUACUUAACGUGUCCAAGACGUUUACUCAAACAAUAACAACAAAUACUGUGGUAACAACUGCUACAUCCACAAUGACCACGAGUUCUACAGCAACAACUGGAACUUCGUCAAUGACACCGAGUAAUACAGCAACAACUUCAGUAACUCUUAGUACUACAGCAACGACUGCUGCGUCUGCUAUCAAUCCCAGUACCACAGCAACACUUUUUACAUCAUCAAUAUCUCCUAGCACUAUUUCAACUGCUACAUCUUCAAUGACAACUAGUACUGCAGCAACCGCUACAUCUUCAAUGACGAUGGGUACUACAGCAACAACUGCAACAUCUUCAAUGAACCCCAGCACUGCAGGGACUGCGGCGACUUCAUCAGUGGCCCCGAGCACUACAGCAGCUGCUACAUCUUCAAUGAUGAUGGGUACUUCAGCAACAACAGCUACUUCUUCGAUGAAUCCUAGUACUACAGCAACAGCUGCAACGUCGUCGAUGGCGCCAAGCACUGCAGCACCAACAGCAACUUCAUUGAUGACCCAGAGCACCUCUGCAACAACUGGUACUUCCUCAGUAAAUCCUAGUACUACUGCAACAACUGCAACAUCGUCAAUGGUGCCCAGCACUGCAGGUACUGCGGCGACUUCAUCAGUGGUCCUUAGCACUACAGCAGCUGCAACAUCUUCAAUGAUGAUGGGUACUUCAGCAACAACAGCAACUUCUUCGAUGACCCUAAGCACUUCUGCAACAACUGCUACUUCCUCAAUGAAUCCCAGCACUACAGCAAUAACUUCAACAUCUUUAAUGAAUCCUAGUAUUACAGCUACCGGUACAUCUUCAAUGACGCCUAGUAAUACAGCAACUGCUACAUCUUUAAUGACGAUGGGUACUACUGCAACAACUGCAACAUCUUCAAUGAACCCGAGUACUUUUGCAGGAACUGCUACUUCCUCAAUGAAUCCUAGUUCUACAGCAACAGCUGCAACGUCGUCAAUGGCGCCGAGCACUGCAGCUACAACUGCAAAUUCCGCAGUCACCCCGAGCACUACAGCAACUGCUACAUCUUCAAUAGCGAUGGGUACUACAGCUUCAACUGCAACAUCUCCAAUGAAUCCGAGCACUUCUGCAGCAACUGCUACUUCCUCAAUGAAUCCUAGUACUCAAGCGACGGCUGCAACGUCGUCAAUGGCGCCAAGCACUGCAGGUACUACGGCGACUUCACCAGUGGCCCAGAGCACUACAGCAACUGCUACAUCUUCAAUGGCGAUGGGUACUACAGCUUCAACUGCAACAUCUCCAAUGAAUCCGAGCACUUCUGCAGCAACUGCUACUUCCUCAAUGAAUCCUAGUACUCAAGCGACGGCUGCAACGUCGUCAAUGGCGCCAAGCACUGCGGGUACUACGGCGACUUCACCAGUGGCCCAGAGCACUACAGCAACUGCUUUAUCUACAAUGAUGUCGGGUACUUCAGCAACAACAGCAACUUCUUUGAUGACCCUAAGCACUUCUCAAACAACUGCUACAUCCUCAAUGAAUCCUAGUACUGCAGCAACGGCUUCAACGUCACCAAUAGCGCCAAGCACUGCAGCACCAACAGCAACUUCAUCGAUGACCCAAAGCACCUCGCCAGCAACUGCUACUUCCUCAGUAAAUCCCAGUAUUACUGCAACAACGUCAACAUCCUCAAUGGCGCCCAGCACUGCAGGUACUACGGCGACUUCAUCAGUGGCCGAGAGCUCUACAGCAGCUGUUACAUCUUUAAUGACGCCUAUAACUACAGCAAAUGCUACAUCUUCAAUGACGAUAGGUACUACAGCAACAACUGCAACAUCUUCAAUGAACCCGAGCACUUCUGCAGGAACUGCUACUUCCUCGAUAAAUCCUAGUACUACAGCAACAGCUGCAACGUCGUCGAUGGCGCCAAGCACUGCAGCACCAACAGCAACUUCACCGAUGACCCAAAGCACAUCGCCAACAACUGCUACUUCCUCAGUAAAUCCCAGUAUUACUGCAACAACGGCAACAUCCUCAAUGGCGCCCAGCACUGCAGGUACUACGGCGACUUCAUCAGUGGCCGAGAGCUCUACAGCAGCUGUUACAUCUUUAAUGACGCCUAUAACUACAGCAACUGCUACAUCUUCAAUGACGAUAGGUACUACAGCAACAACUGCAACAUCUUCAAUGAACCCGAGCACUUCUGCAGGAACUGCUACUUCCUCGAUAAAUCCUAGUACUACAGCAACAGCUGCAACGUCGUCGAUGGCGCCAAGCACUGCAGCACCAACAGCAACUUCAUCAAUGACCCAAAGCACCUCGCCAACAACUGGUACUUCCUCAGUAAAUCCCAGUAUUACUGUAACAACGGCAACAACCUCAAUGGCGCCCAGCACUGCAGGUACUACGGCGACUUCAUCAGUGGCCGAGAGCUCUACAGCAGCUGUUACAUCUUUAAUGACGCCUAUAACUACAGCAACUGCUACAUCUUCAAUGACGAUAGGUACUACUGCAACAACUGCAACAUCUUCAAUGAACCCGAGCACUUCUGCAGAAACUGCUACUUCCUCGAUAAAUCCUAGUACUACAGCAACAGCUGCAACGUCGUCGAUGGCGCCAAGCACUGCAGCACCAACAGCAACUUCAUCGAUGACCCAAAGCACCUCGCCAACAACUGCUACUUCCUCAGUAAAUCCCAGUAUUACUGCAACAACGGCAACAUCGUCAAUGGUGCCCAGCACUGCGGGUACUGCGGCGACUUCAUCAGUGGUCCUUAGCACUACAGCAGCUGCAACAUCUUCAAUGAUGAUGGGUACUUCAGCAACAACAGCAACUUCUUCGGUGACCCUAAUCACUUCUGCAACAACUGCUACUUCCUCAAUGAAUCCCAGCACUACAGCAAUAACUUUAACAUCUUUAAUGAAUCCUAGUUCUACAGCAACAGCUGCAACGUCGUCAAUAGCGCCGAGCACUGCAGUUACAACUGCAAAUUCCGCAGUCACCCCGAGCACUACAGCAACUGCUACAUCUUCAAUGGCGAAUGGUAAUACAGCUUCAACUGCAACAUCUCCAAUGAAUCCGAGCACUUCUGCAGCAACUGCUACUUCAUCAAUGAAUCCUAGUUCUACAGCGACGGUUGCAACGUCGUCAAUGGCGCAAAGCACUGCAGGUACUACGGCGACUUCACCAGUGGCCCAGAGCACUACAGCAGCUGCUAUAUCUUCAAUGAUGUCGGGUACUUCAGCAACAACAGCAACUUCUUUGAUGACCCUAAGCACUUCUCAAACAACUGCUACUUCCUCAAUGAAUCCUAGUACUGCAACAACGGCUGCAACGUCACCAAUAGUGCCAAGCACUGCAGCAACAACAGCAACUUCAUUGAUGACCCAAAGCAUCUCGCCAACAACUGCUACUUCCUCAGUAAAUCCAAGUAUUACUGCAACAACGGCAACAUCCUCAAUGGUGCCCAGCACUGCAGGUACUACGGCGACUUCUUCAGUGGCCGAGAGCUCUACAGCAGCUGUUACAUCUUUAAUGACGCCUAGUACUACAGCAACUGCUACAUCUUCAAUGACGAUAGGUACUACAGCAACAACUGCAACAUCUUCAAUGAACCCGAGCACUUCUGCAGGAACUGCUACUUCCUCGAUAAAUCCUAGUACUACAGCAACAGCUGCAACGUCGUCGAUGGCGCCAAGCACUGCAGCACCAACUGGUACUUCCUCAGUAAAUCCUAGUACUACUGCAACAACUGCUACAUCGUCAAUGGUGCCCAGCACUGCGGGUACUGCGGCAACUUCAUCAGUGGUCCUUAGCACUACAGCAGCUGCAACAUCUUCAGUGAUGAUGGGUACUUCAGCAACAACAGCAACUUCUUCGAUGACCCUUAGCAAUUCUGCAACAACUGCUACUUCCUCAAUGAAUCCCAGCGCUACAGCAAUAACUUUAACAUUUUCAGUGAAUCCUAGUACUACAGCCACAGCUGCUUCAUCUUCAAUGAAUCCUAGUACUACAGCAACAGCUGCAACGUCGUCAAUGACGCCCAGCACUGCAGGUACUACUGCGACUUCAUCAGUUGCCGAGAGCUCUACAGCAGCUGUUACAUCUUCAAUGACGCCUAGUACUACAGCAACUGCUACAUCUUCAAUGAAUCCGAGCACUUCUGCAGGAACUGCUACUUCCUCGAUGAAUCCUAGUACUACAGCAACAGCUGCAACGUCGUCAAUGGUGCCAAGCACUGCAGCAACAACUUUAUUAAUGACCCAAAGCACCUCUGCAACAACUGCUACUUCCUCAGUGAAUCCUAGUACUACAGCAAUAACUUUAACAUCUUCAAUGAAUCCUAGUACUACAGCAACAACUGCAACGUCCUCAAUGGCGCCCAGCACUACAGGUACUACGGCAACUUCAUCAAUAGUCCCGAGUACUACAGCAGCUGCUACAUCUUCAAUGAUGAUGAUUACUUCAGCAACAACAGCAACUUCUUCGAUGACCCCAAGCACUUCUGUAACAACUGCUACUUCCUCAAUGGAUCCUAGUACUACAGCAACAUCGUCAAUGGUGCCCAGCAAUGCAGGGACUACGGCGACUUCAUCAGUUGCCGAGAGCUCUACAGCAGCUGUUACAUCUUCAAUGACGCCUAGUACUACAGCAACUGCUACAUCUUCAAUGAAUCCGAGCACUUCUGCAGGAACUGCUACUUCCUCGAUGAAUCCUAGUACUACAGCAACAGCUGCAACGUCGUCAAUGGUGCCAAGCACUGCAGCAACAACUUUAUUAAUGACCCAAAGCACCUCUGCAACAACUGCUACUUCCUCAGUGAAUCCUAGUACUACAGCAAUAACUUUAACGUCUUCAAUGAAUCCUAGUACUACAGCAACAACUGCAACGUCCUCAAUGGCGCCCAGCACUACAGGUACUACGGCAACUUCAUCAAUAGUCUCGAGUACUACAGCAGCUGCUACAUCUUCAAUGAUGAUGAUUACUUCAGCAACAACAGCAACUUCUUCGAUGACCCCAAGCACUUCUGCAACAACUGCUACUUCCUCAAUGGAUCCUAGUACUACAGCAACAUCGUCAAUGGUGCCCAGCAAUGCAGGGACUACGGCGACUUCAUCAGUUGCCGAGAGCUCUACAGCAGCUGUUACAUCUUCAAUGACGCCUAGUACUACAGCAACUGCUACAUCUUCAAUGAAUCCAAACACUUCUGCAGGAACUGCUACUUCCUCGAUGAAUCCUAGUACUACAUCAACAGCUGCAACGUCGUCAAUGGUGCCAAGCACUGCAGCAACAACUUUAUUAAUGACCCAAAGCACCUCUGCAACAACUGCUACUUCCUCAGUGAAUCCUAGUACUACAGCAAUAACUUUAACAUCUUCAAUGAAUCCUAGUACUACAGCAACAACUGCAACGUCCUCAAUGGCGCCCAGCACUACAGGUACUACGGCAACUUCAUCAAUAGUCCCGAGUACUACAGCAGCUGCUACAUCUUCAAUGAUGAUGAUUACUUCAGCAACAACAGCAACUUCUUCGAUGACCCCAAGCACCUCUGCAACAACUGCUACUUCCUCAGUGAAUCCUAGUACUACAGCAAUAACUUUAACAUCUUCAAUGAAUCCUAGUACUACAGCAACGGCUGCAACGUCGUCAAGGGCGGCAAGCACUGCAGGUACUACGGUGACUUCAUCAGUGGCCCUGAGCACCACAGCAGCUGCUACAUCUUCAAUGAUGAUGGGUACUUCAGCAACAAUAGCAACUUCUUCAAUGACCCUAAGCACUUCUCCAGCAACUGCUACUUCCUCAAUGAAUCCUAGUACUACAGCAAACACUGCAACAUCGUCAAUGGUGCCUAGCACUGCAGGUACCGCAGCGACUUCAUCAGUGGUCCCGAGCACUACAGCAGCUGCUACAUCUUCAAUGAUGAUGGGUACUUCAGAAGCAAUAGCAACUUCUUCAAUGACCCUAAGCACUUCUGCAACAACUGCUACUUCAUCGAUGAAUCCUAGUACUACAGCAACAACUCCAACGUCCUCAAUGGCGCACAGCACUGCGGAUACUACGGUGACUUCAUCAGUGGCCCCGAGCACUACAGCAGCCGCUACAUCUUCAAUGAUGAUGGGUACUUCAGCAACAAUAGCAACUUCUUCAAUGACCCUAAGCACUUCUGCAGCAACUGCUACUUCAUCAAUGAAUCCUAGUACUACAGCAACAACUGCAUCAUCGUCAAUGGUGCCCAGCACUGCAGGUACUACGGCGACUUCAUCAGUGGCCCUUAGCACUACAGCAGCUGCUACAUCUUCAAUGAUGAUGGGUACUUCAGCAACAACAGCAACUUCUUCGAUGACCCUAAUCACUUCUGCAACAACUGCUACUUCCUCAAUGAAUCCCAGCACAACAGCAAUAAUUUUAGCAUCUUCAAUGAAUCCUAGCACUACAGCAUUGGCUGCAACGUCGUCAAUGGCACCAAGCACUGCAGGUACCACGGUGACGUCAUCAGUGGCCCUGAGCACUGCAGCACCAACAGCAACUUCAUUGAUGACCCAAAGCUCCUCUGCAACAACUGGUACUUCCUCAGUAAAUCCUAGUAUAACAGUAACAAUUGCAACAUCGUCAAUGGUGCCCAACACUGCAGGUACUGCAGUGACUUCAUCAGUGGCCGUGAGCACUACAGCAGCUGCUACAUCUUCAAUGAUGAUGGGUACGUCAGCAACAAUAGCAACUUCGUCAAUGACCCUAAGCACUUCUGCAGCAACUGCUACUUCCUCAACGAAUCCUAGUUUUACAGCAACAACUGCAACAUCGUCAAUGGUGCCCAGCACGGCAGGUACUACGACGACUUCAUCAGUGCCCCUGAGCACUACAACAGCUGCUACAUCUUCAAUGAUGAUGGGUACUUCAGCAACAACAGCAACUUCUUCGAUGACCCUAAGCACUUCUGCAACAACUGCUACUUCUUUAAUUAAUCCCAGCACAACAGCAAUAACUUUAACAUCUUCAAUGAAUCCUAGUACUACAGCAACGGCUGCAACGUCGUCAAUGGCGUCAAGCACUGCAGGUACUACUGUGACGUCAUCAGUGGCCCCGAGCACUGCAGCAACAUUAGCAACUUCAUUGAUGACCCAAAGCACCUCUGCAACAACUGCUACUUCCUCACUGAAUCCCAGCACUACAGCAAUAACUUUAACAUCUUCAAUGAAUCCUAGUACUACAUCAACGGCUGCAACGUCGUCAAUGGCGCCAAUCACUGCAGGUACUACUGUGACUUCAUCAGUGGCCCCAAGCACCACAGCAGCUGCUACAUCUUCAAUGAUGAUGGGUACUUCAGCAACAAUAGCAACUUCUUCAAUGACCCUAAGCACUUCUGCAGCAACUGCUACUUCAUCAAUGAAUCCCAGUACUACAGCAACAACUGCAUCAUCGUCAAUGGUGCCCAGCACUGCAGGUACUACGGCGACUUCAUCAGUGGCCCUAAGCACUACAGCAGCUGCUACAUCUUCAAUGAUGAUGGGUACUUCAGCAACAACAGCAACUUCUUCGAUGACCCUAAUCACUUCUGCAACAACUGCUACUUCCUCAAUGAAUCCCAGCACAACAGCAAUAAUUUUAGCAUCUUCAAUGAAUCCUAGCACUACAGCAUUGGCUGCAACGUCGUCAAUGGCACCAAGCACUGCAGGUACCACGGUGACGUCAUCAGUGGCCCUGAGCACUGCAGCACCAACAGCAACUUCAUUGAUGACCCAAAGCUCCUCUGCAACAACUGGUACUUCCUCAGUAAAUCCUAGUAUAACAGUAACAACUGCAACAUCGUCAAUGGUGCCCAACACUGCAGGUACUGCAGUGACUUCAUCAGUGGCCGUGAGCACUACAGCAGCUGCUACAUCUUCAAUGAUGAUGGGUACGUCAGCAACAAUAGCAACUUCGUCAAUGACCCUAAGCACUUCUGCAGCAACUGCUACUUCCUCAACGAAUCCUAGUUUUACAGCAACAACUGCAACAUCGUCAAUGGUGCCCAGCACGGCAGGUACUACGACGACUUCAUCAGUGCCCCUGAGCACUACAACAGCUGCUACAUCUUCAAUGAUGAUGGGUACUUCAGCAACAACAUACUACAGCAACGGCUGCAACGUCGUCAAUGGCGCCAAGCACUGCAGGUACUUCGGUGACUUCAUCAGUGGCCCCAAGCACCACAGCAGCUGCUACAUCUUCAAUGAUGAUGGGUACUUCAGCAACAACAGCAACUUCAUUGAUGACCCAAAGCACCUCUGCAACAACUGCUACUUCCUCACUGAAUCCCAGCACUACAGCAAUAACUUUAACAUCUUCAAUGAUGAUGGGUACUUCAGCAACAACAGCAACUUCUUCGAUGACCCUAAGCACUUCUGCAACAACUGCUACUUCCUCAACGAAUCCUAG